UACUUAGGGAAGUUGUACUUUUUUUUGAACCAGACGAUGGUUUGUUAGUUACGAAGACGCAUGAACAUAAAUAGCAAGACAUCUUUUUCGAAAUACUUUUGUGAAUGAUACGAUGAUGAAUAUUAGUCUAGGGUGUUUGUGGUGUUACAAAUUUAAAAGGAGAGCUUAUUUUUUGUGGUUCAUUCAGAUAAUACUCUACGUAGAUAUUAUUUGGAAUAUGUUCCAUAAUACGUCGUGUCCUCCAUUUUUUUCAAAAUUAUAACUGCCUGUGUCGGCGUGGUGUAGUGUCACGUGUCUCAGUUGGAGCUACAUAGGUAAACGUGCAUCAAAUUAUGUAUGAAUGUUUUCUCCAAUGUUUCUCUGUUACUCUUUCACGCGUAAAUCCAAUCUAAAAAUUGGGCUUCUUAUGGGCGUUUGGCUCCGUGGUAGAAUCAAGAUCUAUUGAAGUGUUUUCUGAGCUUAAGUGUGUCUAUCUAUCAGAUCCGUUGUUCGAACCUGCACAUUGCAACUGACAGCUGAUCUAAUCUGUCUUGUCCUAUGAUAGAUGGACUUGGGUACGGGUACUUGGGUGAUGGUGCGUGUUCCAGGGUCCGACCUUCCUAAAACGUAAAUCAUAGCAAUUGCGAUGUAUCCAAAAGUUUACGGGUAAUGGGGAUAGAUUGUGCAAUAUGCUCUCGCGGCUAUGAAUUCUCGUUCUCAUCCGUGUGAAAGGUCAUGAACAAUGUUUCUUUCCCAGCUAAUGUGAGCUUCUUUAUCUUAAAUAACACGAAAAUUAGAAGACAUUGUGCCUAAACUUGUUGCGGGAGUUGGAAACAUGUCUCUCACCCUUACACAAGCACGAGUGUCCAACACGGGUACUUGCGUCUAGUUAGAAGAGUCGAGGUUAACUUACGGUUUAUGUUUUACCAUUAUGCCAGUGGCUUGUGAGUUUCUGUUGAGUUCCUUUCCACUGCAUAACUUCAUGAAGCAUUUACAACAUUCAAAGUCUAGAGCUACAUAUAGGGCUGCCCAUCUGAGUUUUUAGAUUUGGAAUUUUGCAGGGAUAAACAGAGGUCAGCAGAGUUUCAUCCGCUAGUUAAUCCCGAUAUGGGUCACAAAUCGAAAGUUUUAUGGCAGUUUAAAGCCAGGAUACUCGUAUGGCUAAUCGGGAUGGUGUUUUCCAUUUGGCUAAUCGAUAUGGGUCAGUACUUUGAACUCCCAUUUGGCAGUCGCAUAACGUCUAGAUUUUCUGCCGGCAAUAUAUCAAGCAAUAUGACAAUUUUUAACGAUCUAAACUCCACAGCUACAGAAAAUUACCUUCAUUUUGAUAACACAAUCAAGCCCUCUGAAGGAGAGGACAGUGGAUCCGAGAAUAAUUUUGUACCGGAAAAGAAUGGAGGGUCAGAUGAUUCUUUCAAAUUAGAAGCAGAUACGGAUCCAGCAGAUGAAUCUCCUUCGGUGGAUUUUGUGGAGCUUAAUGACAAUUCAACAGUGGACAUAUCAAUUGCUGCAGAUAAUAGAUUAGCACCGGGGAAGGCUAGAGAAUCCGCAUACAGCUUUUUCGCUCCAAAUAAUGCUGCGACUGAUGGUAGUUCUUCGUUAGGGAGUACUACUUCGGAAGAAAGUAAUGGUUUGACGGAAGAGGAAAAUGGAGGUAUAAGUGCCACUCCAGCAAAUAUAAAUUCUCAUAGUCCGAUCAUUUCUGUUUAUCCCAACACGUCUUUAGUGGACAAAGACACAGGCAACGUAAUUGCUAAGGAUGAAAAAUCCAAGGAAGUACAAAGACAGACUGUUUUGCCCGAAAAUAGUUCUUCCAAGAAUAAUGUUUCAGCUCCGAAGGGAGGCCUCAAGCAACCAGCAGUUGUGGUGUCGAUAUCUGAGAUGAAUGAUUUGUUGCUUCAGAGUCACGCUUCAUCAUUUUCAACGAAACCACAAUGGCCUUCUGCAGUGGACCAAGACUUGCAAAAUGCAAGAUUACAGAUUGCAAAUGCACCCGUUGUGGUCAAUGAUCCUACGCUUUACGCACCCCUCUAUCGGAAUGUUUCCAUGUUUAAAAGGAGCUACGAGUUAAUGGAGAAAAUGCUCAAGGUAUACAUCUACAAGGAGGGAGGGAGACCCAUCUUCCAUCAACCAGUGCUCAAGGGCAUAUAUGCUUCCGAGGGUUGGUUCAUGAAACUCAUGGAAUCAAACAAGCACUUAGUUACUAAAGACCCAAGAAAGGCCCACCUGUUUUACUUGCCUUUCAGUUCUCGAAUGCUGGAGUUGACCUUAUACGUACCCGAUUCUCACAGCAAAAAGAACCUGAUAGAGCAUCUCAAGAACUACCUUGACAUGAUUGCGGCGAGACACAGUUUCUGGAACAGAACUGCUGGAGCCGAUCAUUUUCUUGUUGCUUGCCAUGACUGGGCCCUAUCUGAAACAAACCAACACAUGGGCAAUUGCUUGAGAGCUCUGUGCAACUCAGAUGUCGAACAAGGCUUCCGAUUUGGCAAGGACGUGUCUCUUCCAGAAACAUCUGUGAGGUCACCUAAUAACCCUCUAUUGGAACUCGGCGGCAAACCUCCAUCCCAACGACGUAUAUUAGCUUUCUUCGCCGGGAGCAUGCAUGGCUAUCUACGUCCUGUUUUAUUACAGCAUUGGCAAGACAAAGAUCCAGACAUGAAAAUCUUCGGUCUCAUGCGCGAUAAGGUGAACGGUAAGGUGAACUAUGUCGAGCACAUGAAGAGUAGCAAGUACUGUAUUUGUCCGAAAGGGUAUGAAGUCAACAGUCCGAGGGUGGUGGAAGCGAUAUUCUACGAGUGCGUUCCGGUCAUCAUAUCUGACAAUUUCGUGCCUCCGUUUUUCGAUAUUCUCAACUGGGAAUCGUUCGCCGUUUUCGUCCCUGAGAAGGACAUUCCGAACUUGAAAAGUAUACUCCUCUCAAUCCCACAGAAGAAGUAUUUGGAGAUGCGGAAACGGGUUAAGAAGGUACAGAAGCAUUUUCUUUGGCAUCCUAGGCCUGUGAAGUAUGACAUUUUCCACAUGAUUCUCCACUCGAUAUGGUAUAACAGAGUUUUUCGACCCUAAUAGAAAUUAAUUUUGUUGAUUUAUGGAAAAAGCUGGCAGCUGGAGUACAUGAUUUAAUUUAAGUUAAAUUUUUUUUUUAAGUUAGGCUAGGUACAACACUGAGGAGAAAGAAUUCUUGUAAUAACCAGCAGUUCAUUCACUGUCACUGAGGAGUGUGUUGUAGUGUUUAGAAGUGUCAAUAUUUGAUGUACAUAGAUUUACAGAAAAAUAAUAAGUUUACAAGAACACA